AGAGAGAGAGAGAGAGAAAGGGAGGGAGGGAGAGAGAGAGACCGUGUGAGUGAGUUUGGAGUUGGCUCGAGUGAAGCGAGCCUACCUUUGUGUGGGAAGGUAACGGCAACCACAAGAUGAGGUAGCCGCGUCAGCCACCUCUCACUUCACAAACCAAACCUUUUUAUCCUUUUCUUUUCUUCUGUCUUCUGCCUGUGGCUGUGGAUGUGGCUGUCCCUCUUCUUCAGAAAAACUUACUCUCCAUUUCUCUGCCGGACGGACACCUAUGGCUUUGGCAGCAACCAAGCUACUACCAUCUCACCUCCAUCCUCUUCCUUCCCCUAAAUCCUUCUCCACCGGAGACCUACCUCCGCCGUCAUGCCUCCCCGGACCUCGCACUCUCGUCAGGCCGCAGAGAUCGGUAACGGUGAGAGUCAAUGCGGAGCCGCUCCUCGCUCUCCAAUUGGACCACCACAACUCCGCCUUCUUCCUCGCUGACACCGUCGGCUACUCCAUGGCUAGCUACUACACUUCUCUCGGCCUCUUCGUCAUCUCCGUCCCUGGCUUGUGGUCACUCAUCAAGCGAUCCGUCAAAUCCAAGGUUGUGAAGAAGACAUUCGUCGCCGAAGGAGAAUCGAAGAAGGCGCCGAGCCAGAUCGCCGGAGAGAUCUUGUCAUUCUUCACUCGCAACAACUUCCAAGUCACGGACAGAGGCGAAACCAUAACAUUUGAAGGAGCGAUGGUGCCGAGUCGAGGCCAAGCGGCAUUGCUGACAUUCUGUACUUGCAUUAGCCUGGCCAGCGUCGCCCUCGUCCUCACCAUAACUUUUCCAGAUUUCGGCAACAACUGGUUCUGGAUUAGCAGCCUCAGUCCCCUAGCAGGAGCAUAUUACUGGGUGAAAGCAUCAAGAAGGGAGGAGAUAAAGGUCAAAAUGAUAGUUGCAGAAGGUGGAAAGCUUGCAGAGAUUAUUGUUCAAGGAGAUGACCAACAAGUAGAGCUUAUGAGAAAGGAGCUUCAGUUGAGUGAAAAAGGCAUGGUCUAUGUCAAAGGCAUUUUUGAGCAAUAAUCAUUCCUUGUUACCACUUCUCUACCUUUUUCUAGCAGUUCAAACUCAAUUAGUAAUCACUCCAACAUUCCUCUGGAAAGAAAGCAAACAAUUUUGGAACUUGUACAACAAUUUCCAAACACAUGAAUCAUACAGAUACGACAUCAAAAUUGAAUGUUAAUGUUCCCAGUUUCUCAA